AUGGUGCGCACUGCGGAAGGUCCGAUGGACUUUGAGUGGCAGACACGUCCUCCAAUGGACUUGACGUCUCCCUUUUCCCAACUAGAGAACAAGAAACGCACACACAGCGCAUUUGACUCCCCAGACAAGAAACCACCUGCCCUUCGCCCUCCCAACUCACAGCCCUUUCUCUUCUCGCGGAAUGAUCCUCCUCCUACCUCCAAGUCCGUAUUCGGUCAGCCAGCCUUCAUGACACCGCGCAAAGUGGACCUUGAUUUCUCCUCCGGCGCCGAGAACUUCUCUUCGCCCGAAAAUGCAGACAAUGAAGAUACACCAGAGCCACCAGUCAGAACGGAAAGACGAAAUUCACUCCUCAAUAUGUACGGGCGAUUCGGGGGCAGUCCUGGCCGGGGCGAGAUUCCCCGCAUGAAACAGAAACCCUAUUCAAGUGGAGCCCUGCACAAGGUUCAAAAGAAACGACGACGGAACCAGGAGUUGAGUCGGCAGGUCAAAGUGGACAGCGACGAUGAGAGCGACGGACCGACCGAUCAAAGAAUAGGCAAACCAGCUAAACAAGGGAACGAGUCCUCAGAAGUUGCUCCCGCUUCGCGCAUGUCCUCUUUCUCCGAGUUCUUUGCCUUGCUAGAGGCUCAUCCCAAUAUUCCCAGCAUCUUGUCCUGGUGGGCUCAGCUGGUCGUCAACCUGCUGAUGUUCUCGCUGGCUGUGUAUGUUGUCUUCACCUUUGUCUCGGCUAUCCGCACCGAGUUCGAGCAUGCGGCUACUGAGGCUUCCGAUUCCGUCUUGGCCGACAUGGCGAAAUGUGCCAAGGACUAUGUGGAUAACCGGUGCGGCGGAGGAAAUCGCUUGCCGGCCCUGGAGAGCGUCUGUGAAAAUUGGGAGCGUUGCAUGAAUCGCGACCCAGCGAAAAUUGGACGAGCUAAGGUGUCUGCUCAUACAAUGGCUAUUAUUAUCAACAACUUUAUCGAUCCCAUCAGCUGGAAGGUCGUGAUGAUUUUCCUCGCGACCAUCUCUACAGUGACUGUAGUUAGUAACUGGUCAUUCCGCUCUUUCAGAAGCCGACAAAGUCACCAGCCCAACUUUUCGCAUAACCAACAUAACUAUCCCCAACAACCCCCUGCACAUGACCCAUACAUGCAUCAACAGCCUCUCCACCUCCAGCAUGCUUCGACCUUCGGUUACUAUGGACAACCUGAUCCGAGACAGAAUCACGGCUACACACAAAACCAAGAUGCCCCGUUGAUGCUGGAAAACACAAAACCAAUGGAUUUUGUGACCGAACGGAGUCGCGAUCGUGAAAUCCACCUCUGUACCCCGAGUCCUUCAAAGCGUCGAUUCGCAUAA